GGUGGCGUGUAGAAGCAUGGGUUAUGAAGGGGGCGUGGGGAAGGCUUACCCCGGCGGCCAUUUUGGUGUUGGGGACGGUGUUAUCCAAUUGGACCUGCCCAACUGCAAGAAAUGAUGGUAGGGCUGGCAGCGAUGUGAGUGAGGAGGACGCCACCGGCGGAGUCACUGGCAGUAGUGCUGACGGAGUGACAAGAGAAGGAAGUAGUGCCAGUGGAAGAGGAGAUGGAGCAGGAAAAAAAGCAUUAGUACCGCCGCCACCGCCAGCAGGAGGAAGGGGGAGAGGCGGCCCCCAGGAAGUACAACAUCCCAGCAGUGAGCUGAAGAAGCUUGACCAACUGUUUGUUUCCGAGGACGACAAGGUGACGUAUGAUCGCCGCCAGACGCCUUCUUACCCAGCAGUGUUUGGUGAUGCCGCUUGAUACUCAUCACUCGCACACUGACAGAAGCAGGAAACAAAUGCCAUUCAUGAAGAGCGAACACCGGAACGAGUCGUCAAAUUUUGAAGUCAGCGGGGACACCAGCCAGACAACAGAGGACGGGACAAUUCUUUAGGCAACUGUUACGAACACACGGGAAUAAUCAAUGCAGCUAAGCAGAGCAUUACCCCUCAGCCUCGCUUUAUGUGAGAUUGUGAGUAUGGAAGAAUAGUCGGUUUGGCAUUUGUGAGGAAAAAAAUUUGAAAUAUCAGAGAAGUUAAUAUGCCCACUUUGAAAUUGUGAAAUGUUAGUGCCUGAGAAAUUCAUUAAUUCAGUUAUGACAUUUAUGAAGAAAUCGGAAUUCUGUUUGGAAGGGAAUCCUAAAAAAAGUUUCAGUAUUGUUGAUGCAUUCACCUUCCAGGGAAUCGAAAUAACAACAUUCAGAUUUCAGCUUCACCUUCCAAAACAAACAUGUAAUUUCCCUGCACUAAGUCUCAUCAGACCUCCAGUGGGCCACGCAGAUCAGCUUUAGCGAACCCAAUAUCUCUUCAGCGCAGUUGAUAUCGCCUACGUAAUGUCAUAUGAGAGGAGACUAGACACACAAAAUUGGCUUUUUCUCCCUGUCAAAGCUCACCUGCCGACCCAACAUGAAUAAACACUUCUGGCAUCUUGCCAAAAAUAUCUCCAAUAACUUUGCUUCUUCUUCUUCUUUCCCUCCUUUAUUUCAACCAGAUGGCACCACUGCUAUCACAUCUAUUUCUAAAGCUGAACUCUUCGUUCAAACCUUUGCUAAAAACUCUACCUUGGACGAUUCUGGGCUUGUCCCUCCCUCUCCUCCACCCUCUGACUACUUCAUGCCACCUAUUAAAAUUCUUCGCAAUAAUGUUUUCCAUGCCCUCGUUGGCCUAGACCCUCGGAAGGCUUAUGGACCUGAUGGGGUCCCUCCUAUUGUUCUCCGAAACUGUGCCUCUGUGCUUGCACCUUGCCUAGUCAAACUCUUUCAGCUCUGUCUGUCAACAUCUACCUUUCCUUCUUGCUGGAAGUUUGCCUACAUUCAACCUGUUCCUAAAAAGGGUGACCGUUCUAAUCCCUCAAACUACCGUCCUAUUGCUUUAAUUUCCUG